AAAUAAUAUUCAUCUACUCCACCAUACCUCAAUUCCAAAUAUCUUUCCUUUCCUUAGCCGUCUCUCUACAAAGUCUCCGAUCUCUGAAUAUUCAUCUUCAAUCCCCGUUUUGACCGCCGUUUAACGCUUUCAUUUGGUUUUCUCUACAUGGAUUCAUCAUCAGAGGAUUCAAAGGAUGAACUGAUCAAACGUAUAGCUGCAGAUAUUAUAGAUAUUUCUGGAUUUCCAGAGUGCAGAAGCUGUUCAAGGAGGUUGUAUAAUGAUUUGGUUCGAAGAGUGAAGUUGUUGAGCCCUUUGUUUGAGGAACUAAUGGAUUCUGAUCAAGACCUUGGAGAUGAAGAGAUUCAAGGACUUGAAUGUUUGAGAGAUACUCUCAAUUCAACUAAGGAUCUACUCCGAUCAAUUAACGACGGCAGUAAGCUCUUUCAGGCACUGCAAAUAGAGAGAGUUGUAGAUGAGUUCCAUAAUGUUACAACUCGAAUUGAGGAGGCACUUACCCAUAUACUGUAUGAUAGACUUGAUAUUUCAGAGGAGGUCAGAGAACAGGUUGAACUUGUUCAUGCUCAAUUCAAAAGAGCUAAAGGAGCAAUGGAUACCCCUGAUUUACAACUGGCUAUGGAUCUUAAAAUAGCUGGGAAAGAAACAGACAGUGAUAGUGCAGUUGUUAGAAGGCUUUCAGAAAAGCUGUAUCUCAAGACUAUAAACGAUGUAAAGAGAGAAUCACUGGCCAUCCAUGAUUUGGUGAUCUCAUCUGGUGGUGCUCCAGAGCAAAGCCUUGAGAUGAUGUCGUUUCUACUGAAGAAGAUAAAGGAUUAUGUGGUGGGGAGAGCUUCAAAUUCUAACUCAAUGGAGGGAGAUGAAAAGGGCGUGAUUAAACACAGAUCCCCAAUAAUUCCAGAUGAUUUCAGAUGCCCGAUCUCUCUUGAGCUAAUGAAAGACCCUGUUAUUGUAUCUACUGGACAGACAUACGAAAGAUCAUGCAUUCAAAAAUGGUUAGACGCCGGACACAAGACAUGUCCUAAGACUCAACAAACUCUAUUACAUACAGCUCUAACGCCCAAUUACGUUCUCAAGAGCUUGAUUUCUUUAUGGUGCGAAAGCAACGGUGUCGAGCUUCCGAAGAAUAGUAAUAAUCAAGGAAGUUGCGCCAAAAAAUCAGGAGGAAGAGGUUUGGAUUGCGAUAGAGGGGCUAUCGAUGUCUUGAUUCACAAACUCGCGGAUAACUCAAAUCCAGAACAGCAAAGAGCAGCUGCUGGAGAGCUUCGUUUAUUAGCCAAACGAAACGCAGACAACCGGGUUUGUAUUGCGGAUGCAGGAGCCAUACCUCUUUUAGUGGAACUCCUAGCCUCUCCGGAUUCUCGAACCCAAGAACAUUCAGUAACGGCCCUUUUAAACCUGUCGAUAAACGACGCGAACAAGGGGGCGAUUGUAAAUUCGGGGGCAAUCUCGGACAUAGUAGACGUGUUGAAAAAGGGAAGCAUGGAGGCGAGAGAGAACGCGGCGGCAACCCUUUUCAGCUUAUCGGUAGUGGACGAGAACAAAGUGGCGAUUGGAGCUGCGGGGGCAAUUCCUGCUCUGAUCGAGUUGCUAUGCGAGGGAACUCCGAGGGGAAAGAAAGACGCAGCUACGGCGAUAUUUAAUCUUUCGAUUUAUCAGGGAAACAAGGUUCGGGCAGUUCGUGCAGGGAUUGUGGUUCCUCUGAUGGGGUUGCUUAAGGACGCAGGUAGUGGGAUGGUGGAUGAGGCGUUGGCGAUACUUGCGAUAUUGGCGAACCAUCAAGAGGGGAAAAGCGCGAUCAGUCAGGCGGAGCCGAUUGGGGUAUUGGUUGAAGUUAUAAGGACUGGUUCUCCGCGGAAUAGGGAGAAUGCGGCGGCGAUAUUGUGGUCUUUGUUGUGUAUGGGAGAUGAAAGUUGUUUGGUUGAAGCUAGAGAUGUUGGGGCAGAGGAAGCUUUGAAAGAACUAUGUGAAAAUGGAACGGAUAGGGCCAAGAGGAAAGCGGUUAGCAUUCUUGAACUUAUUCUGAGAGUUGUUGAUUAGCUUAAGCUUAGCUAUAGUUGAUUGGUCAAUCUAUCUAUUAGCAAUAGCAAUAAUUUACAACUUUUGAGAUACUAAGAUGAUAGUAUGAUGAAGAUAAGGGUGUCUAUUGUUUGGUUUUAGUUGGUGUGAGUGUUUGAUUGUCUGUUUGUGUAUAUCAUAAGAAUGAAUGAAUGAAUGCAUUAUUAUAAUUAAGUUUCACUA